GGGGCGGGGCCGGUAUUUCUCGCGCGGGCGGGCCCCCGCCGCCGCCUAGUCGGGUCGGAGCCGGACCGGUGGCAUGAGCGAGGUGCGGAGCGUGUGCACGCUGGCAGAGGUGCGGCCGGGCGGCGACAGUCCGGACAGUGUGAAAGUGCUACGGCUGACGUUGCAGAAUGACCUUCCAGGCGAGAGACGUGAUCAGGUGAAACAAAAGCCUGUUGGAAGGGCCUUUGCUAUGGUGGCCAACAGAUCAAGUAAUGGCCAUUCACUGGCUUCAGAAUGCAUCAAAUCCAGCGAUGGUCACGAGGAGAUCAUCAAGGUUUACUUGAAAGCAAGAGCUGAGGACAAGGUGAAGCAUGAACAGAAUGUCAGUCAGCUGAAAAGCGAAGUUCGUUACAUUCAAGAGGCUAGAAGUUCUUUGAAGAUGCUGCGGGAAGAUAUAAGUAGUAAACUUGAGAGCAGACAAGGAGCUAAGACUAACCUGCAAUGUGCAAAGGUAAUGUUCGAAAACCAGAAUGGAAUAUGGCGAUACGCUGAUGGCUUGCAUAGGAACUCCUUGGAGGAUCAGGAGGAUGAUGAUUCAGGAGAAGACAUAGAAAAAAUUCGUGAGACAGCAAAGAGAUUGUUCACGAAACUGCAGGAGGCUGAGAAGCGGCAUCAGUCCGACAAGACCGCGUUUGAGAUGACAACCUCUCAAUACCAGAAAGAAAUAGAGCAAACCAGUGCAGCUCUGAAGAAGGCUGAGGAGGGCAUGAUGGAGAAGGAAGUGAAGCUGGAGGAAGUGCAGAGGCUCAUGUCAGGGAUGGAGAAGGAACAUCAGAGUUUGCUGCUGAAGAUGAAAGAAGGUGAAGCAGAGCUGGAGAAACUGAGAAGCCUGCAAAAUGACAAGCUCGCCGAACAGGAUAGGUCGGCCAAACUGGAGAAAGAAGUUGCCACCUUGCGGGAGAAGAUACACCAUCUCGAUGACAUGCUGAAGAGUCAGCAGCGCAAAGUCCGGCAGAUGAUUGAGCAGCUUCAGAAUUCCAAAACAGUGAUUCAUGCGAAGGAUGUGAUUAUUCAGGAGCUCAAAGAGAGAGUUGCCUAUUUGGAAGCUGAGAAUCUGGAGAUGCACGAUCGUAUUGAGCACCUGAUCGAGAAGCAAACCAACCCUGGCAGCCAUAGCACCAGAGCUCGCUCAAAAUCUGAGUAUGUGAGCAGUAAAAGGUCGGCGAAGCCCCUUGGACCCAAGCCCCUCCCUCUCAUCAGAGUACUGGAAACAUGAGCUCUCCUGGGCACAGAUUCUGAACUGAAGAAACUCACCAUUUGCUACUGCCACCCCCUGUGCUCGCUGGACAAAUGGAGGGCAAUGCCUCCAGAGAACUGUAGUGCUUUAAGGGCUAAGCUGUCUCCUGGAGGGGACUGGCAGAGCAGCAAGGCCUACUGAACUGACCUUUCCAUACUGCUGUCCCAAGGGGCUUCCAGAGUCCAUCAGAAGCAAAUUUGUUGAGCAUGGUAUCUGAUGUGGUGUCUGGGGAACAUCCAACCCAUGUGUGUAUAUAACAGACAGACCCACUUGCACUCAGCCCAAGAGUUAGGCUGACUUUCCCUGAUACAGUUCUUUUUACUAUUUCUUCCUUUGCUUAAGCCUGGUAUUGCUCUAUGAGCAACUUACGAUACUAUAGGCCUUCUUUAUGCCUCAGUGGAAUCCUGCUUUUUUAAAUUGCAACUAACCAUGGUGGACUUAAGUUUUUAAUCUUUUUUUAAAAAGAUCAGCACCCAAAAUCAUCCUCUUGAAAUCACAAAGAUUCCCAUGUUUCUCUCCCAAACCGCACCAAACCAGCUGACUCCAACUGAUGUCCUCUUAAGGUCUGGCUCUUCCCUCCUGUGUUCACAGCGAGUGCUGCGUGUGGCUGUUCAUUGGGAUGCAUCCAACACAAGGCUUUUCAAUAGUCUGUUCCUCUGGAGCAUAGAGAUGAACCUUACACAGAUCUGUGUAGGUAUAAAUGAAGAGGUUAUCCAGUUCCUACUUGUAUUUAUUUCAGUAAAUUAUUAGUGUCUUCAUAUUAGCUUGGAAACGGGCACGAGUGCUAAUGCCAUAGUUUUAUGUAGCAUAUUUAGUGCGUGCUUGUUUUCCUGAUUUCAGUGGAAGAUACCAUCUGGUUUUUCUUCCGGGCUUGAAAGUUAUUAUAUAACUUGUAUGUGAUUUGAAAAGAAGCAGUCUUCUCUUUUUUUUUUCUAUAUCUCUGGUAGAGGAAAGAUGUCAGCAUAUGACACCUGUAUCUCUAUAAACUAGUGUAGACAAAGGCAGAGCCAGUCCUGUGAAAGGUACCUAUCAAAUAACCUCUUUAGUGCAGAAAACCAUAUGCCUUACAUAGCCAUCCAAAUAAUCUGUAGUGGAUUGAAUAAAUUUAUGUAAAUAGUG